GAAAGCGAGGAGAUGGAAGAGGGGGAGAGAGAAAAAAGGGGUUACAGUGGGGUUAGAAGAAAAAUAUACAGAAAAGGGGUGGAUGCUGAGGCGCUGUUUUGUAGGGCUGACAAGUGUGGGGUUGAUUUGGACAUGGCGAAGAGGUAUCACAGGCGUUAUAGGGUCUGUGAGGAGCACGCUAAGGGCUCUGUGGUCCUGAUAGGACGGGUUGCCAAGCGGUUCUGCCAGCAAUGCAGCAGUUGGCGUAACACUUUGCCUCAUCAAGAUCAAAACAUUCAAGUGGUGCCUGACCCUGAGCUUGUACCAGAGCGUGAUAUGGAGGAUAUUGAACUACUAGAGAGCCCUUGUAGAAGUUGGUAAUGAGGUUCAAUUGAAUACAGAACAAUAUUAUAAAAGUGUCAAAGAAUGUCGACAUCAUCUUGUAGAUUUUGCAAUUCACAAUAAUUUUGUUAUGAAGUUUGACAAAAGUGGAUUGGGACGGGUAUGGGCAAGUUGUAAGGAAGAGAGAUGCACAUGGCAAGCGCGAUGCUUACGAGUUGGCAGUACGGCUUACUUCAAAGUUAAAUAUAUGGUUAAGGAGCACACAUGUAGUGGUUCAAUGGGGAGGGUUCAUUAGCCACUAGCUCGUAGUGAUUGGGUGGCCAAAAAAAUUAAAGUCUGCCUUAUUGACCAAACAAAAAUUAAAGUUAAAGACAUUGUAAAUGAUGUUCAAUGUGCUCACGGUGUCAGGCUUUCCUGCAUGCAAACUUAGCAGGGAAAAGAAGUUGCUAGAGAUAUGAUAGAUGGAUCACAUGAACAAUAAUAUCAUGACCUCCCCUUGUAUGCGGAGAAGCUUCGAAUAUCUAACCCAAGAACCGUAGUUCGCAUCGACACAGAUGAAGGCAGGUUCAAAUGACUAUUCAUUGCUUAUCGUGCAUGCAUUAUGAGUUUUGUUAAUGGAUUCAUGCCACUAAUUGGUAUUGAUGGGACAUUCUUAAAAGGAAAGUAUCAAGGCAUAUUUAUUGUGUGUCAUUUCUAUAGAUGCAAAUAAUGUACACUUUCCAAUGGCAUUUGCAGUGGUCAAGAAGGAGAACUGCUAGAAUUAGUAUUGGUUUUUGAGUAUACUGAGUGAGCUAUUAUAUGAGUUUUCUAAUCUGUCUUUCUUAACAAUUAUAUCAGAUCGACAGGAAAGCCUACCAGAAGCAAUAGAAAAAUGCUUUCCUACUUGUUUUCCAGCAUUCUACAUGCGACAUAUGGGAAAGAACUUCAAGGGCUUCAAGAAGAAGUCAACAAACACUGAAGUAUUGCUGAUGUUGUUUUGGAAGGCUGCCUGUAAAGCAACCAUUAGUGGGUUUGAAAAAAUUAUGUUUGACAUACAGUAUGCCGACCCAGAUGCAUAUGAAUAAAUUAAAAAUAUCCCUCCAAAAUAUUGGACAGAUGCUUAUUUUCCAAAGAUAAGAUACAGUCAUCUUACCUCGAACAUAGCCGAGUCAUUCAAUGCUUGGAUAAUGUAUGCUCGAGAUAAGCCGAUCAUUACAAUGUGUGAAGAAAUAAGAGUACAGUUGAUGAUCAGGUUUGAAAAGAAGAGGGAGUUAGGUAAUAGUUGGAGCAGCCUGCUAGUACCAAAAGCCCAAGAUUUAUUGGACUUGCGAAAGAUGAAGGCUAGAUUUUUCAUACAGUUAUAUCUGCCAUGGAUAUACAGCUUGAGAUCCACUAUCUUGGGAAGAAGUACGCUGUCGAUUUAACUCAUUGGACAUGCAGUUGUAGAAAAUGGCAAUUGAGUGGCAUACCGUGUACUCAUAUGAUUGUGGCUAUUAACCAUAUGCAUUUGGAUCCCACAGCGUACUGCCUUCAGUAUUUCACAGUUGAAACAUUUAAAAGGGCCUUUCAAACUCCCUUUAGGCCUGUCCCGGAUGAUAUUGAGUUGACUUGUAUGUUCAACCAUACAGUGUUGCCACCAAGGACGACACGCCUUCUUGGUAGAUCGAAAAUACAACGAAAAAGAUAUGAGACUAAACAGCCCAUCACCAGUCCUAUGAAAUACAAACGAUGCGGUACAAUCAGUCAUAAUAGGAGGAUAUGCAGAGAGCCGAU